AACUUGUUGAUAUAUUUAAAAUUGAUAAAACAGUAUUUUCAUCUAAUAUAACCAUACCAAAUGAUUCAACAUUAACAAUUAAUAUCAAUCAUACAAAUCAAAAUAUAAAUAAUUCAAAUAUUAUUAUAUUAGAAAAUGCAUUUAGUAAUAUUAAAAUACAUCAACUUAAUUUUCAUAAUAUAAAAAAAUUUAAUGGUAAACAAGAAUUUAAUACAAAUUGUUUUGGUCAAAAUUUAACAAUAAAUGAAAUUUUAUUUCAAAAAUCAAAUUUAGAAGGUUUUAUAACUACAUCAAAACAACGUUAUUCAUCAAAAACAACAAAUAUUUUUUCAUUAAUAAUUGAUACUUGUUCAUUAUCAUCACUUUCAUCACAUAAUAUUCCAACAUUUUUAAAUAGUUUAAUUAAAUUACAAAUAUUAUCAACAAAUUUAACACAAAUUACAACACAUACAUUUCAAGCAUGGGAAUUACAAUUAAAAGAAUUAAUUAUUAAAAAUAAUACACAAUUACAUUUUUUAUCAUCUGAAAUGGUUGAUGGUGUUUUAAUGCAAUUAACUAAUCUUGAUUUAAGUUCAAAUAUUAUUGAAAUAUUUAAUCCUCAACAAUUUUUUCAAUCAUUUGAAUAUACAAAACAUUUAUAUUUACAAUAUCAACAUUUAGAUACAUUUUUAAAACCAAAUAUUUUAUCAACAUUAUUCAAUUUAGAAACAAUUGAUUUCAAAUAUUCUUAUAUAAUAAAUAACAAUUCUCAAUUAAUAAUCGAUACUAUACCAUCAAAUAUGAAAUAUUUAAAAUCAAUUGAUAUAUCUUAUACAAAUUUAACUGAAAAAAUGAUAAUUGAAUUAUUAAAAAUAGUUUCACAUUCUCCAACAAAUCAUACAAUUAAUAUUAAAUUACAUGGUUAUUUAUUAAAUGAAUCUAAUUUUUGUUCAUAUAUUGAAACAGAUCGACAAAUGGUAUCUAUUGAACUUGAUGUUCAACAUCCAUGUAAUUGUAUUGUUGAUUAUUUAUAUGAACCAUAUAUAAAAAAUUUAGAUUAUCAAUUAUCUUCUCGAUCAAUACCAGAUUGUUUAAAAAAUUUAACACGAUCCUCUUGUGAUUUAAAUCUAUCACAAUGUAAAUCUACAACAGAUGAUAAAACAAAAAGUAUAUGGAAUUUAUCAUUUAUUGGUUUAUUGUCUGGUGGUGCUCUUUUUCUUGUUAUUUGUAUUUCACUAGCAACAACAUUAAUUUAUCGUCGAAGAAAUCAUAUUGAAAGACGAAUGACAGAUUUAUUUAUGGAUCAACCAAUAGAGAAUCCACUUGCAAAAGUUAUACACGAACGUACAUCACAAAGUGGAAUAAAAUUUUAA